CUGCUUCUUAGUCAACACGUGUGAAGAGUCUCCCUGGCGUCUAGAGGGCGUAGUCGUCGUCCAUUUUUCCAGACUUUCGGACCGACUCAGUAGCCAUAUCCUCCCUCUCCCCAUUUACAGGAAGAACCCGAUCCUCGUCGUCAUUUGAAUUGUAGGUAACAGAAGCCACAAACAUCGUCACAAUGGAAUUGGCAGACAAGGCUGUUGGAUUUCUGUUAUCCUACAUCAGUUUGUCGAUAUUCACUUAUUACACAUUUUGGGUGAUAAUCCUGCCGUUUGUGAACAACGAUCACUUCAUCCACCGGUAUUUCCUCCCACAAGAGUACGCCAUACUAAUACCUGUGUUUGCUGGCAUGGUGCUUCUCUGCUUUUUAUGCAUUUUCAUUGGCUAUGUCAUGUUAAAAUCCAAAAAGAAGAAAGCUUGAUGACAGUAUUUCCCCCACUUUUAGUUUCUUUUCAUUUCUUUGGAGCCGAAUCCAAGUGUUUCUAAAAUGAUCAGGUACUGAUUACCUUACUUGUUUUGUUUUUCUGCAUCAUAUCUAAUUCACUUUUCUAUCCCCUUU